ACUGCAGAGCGCCCGGAGCCGCUGGUGUUUGGACAGCGAGGCCUGAUAACACCGCUGGGUGCGCCUCUGACCUCUGAAGGAGACUAUAAAACCCAGGGGCGGAUUUUCUCCUCUCAGUCUCUUCUGCAGGAGGGGGACCCCCAGAAGCAGGGGCGAUGGCGGCGUUGCAGGAGAAGAAGUCGUGCAGCCAGAGGAUGGAGGAAUUCCAGCGCUACUGCUGGAACCCGGACACGGGGCAGAUGCUGGGCCGGACCCUGUCCCGGUGGGUGUGGAUCAGCCUCUACUACGUGGCCUUCUACGUGGUGAUGACCGGACUCUUCGCCCUGUGCAUCUACUCGCUGAUGUGUACGCUCGACCCGUACACGCCCGACUACCAAGACCAGCUAAAGUCACCAGGGGUGACCUUGAGGCCAGACGUCUACGGGGAGGAAGGCCUGGACAUUUCCUACAAUAUCUCUGACAACGGGACCUGGACGGACCUAGUGCACACCCUCCACGACUUCCUGGAAGGCUACUCGCCAGCGGCCCAGGAGGACAACAUCAACUGCACCUCCGACAAGGUGUUCAUCCAAGAAAGCUUCGGGGCCCCGAACCACACCAAGUUCUCCUGCAAGUUCACCACAGACAUGCUGCAAAACUGCUCAGGCCUGGAGGACCCCAACUUCGGCUUUGAGGAAGGAAAGCCGUGUUUCAUUAUUAAGAUGAACAGGAUCGUCAGGUUUCUCCCCAGCAACAGAACGGCCCCCAGGGUGGACUGCGCCUUCCUGGACCAGCACCACAAGGACGUCCAGCCCCUGCAGGUGGAGUACUACCCGCCCAACGGCACCUUCAGUCUACACUACUUCCCUUACUACGGGAAGAAGGCACAGCCCCACUACAGCAACCCCUUAGUGGCCGCGAAGCUCCUCAACGUCCCCAGGGACACCGAAGUGGUCAUCGUGUGCAAGAUCCUGGCAGAACAUGUGACCUAUGACAACCCCCAUGACCCCUUUGAAGGGAAAGUGGAAUUCAAGCUUAAAAUUCACAAAUAAAGGACCAAGGAGGCCGGCCUCAACCUGUACAGUAACUCGCAGACCCCCACCCUCCACAGGGCUGCCUGCCGAUGCUGCACCAAGCCAGCCCUCCGACGUCCAAACGUCAACACGAAGGCAGCUCCGAGACGCCAGGCAGGCACCUGUUCGCCAAGCACUCCACGUCAGAAUCAGCUAUUUCUUAUCAAGUCUUCAUUAUUUUUUAGAUAGAAUUUGUAGCUACAAUAAAAAUGUUGGGUUAACGUGGUAACCCUAAGGCAGAAGCUAUCUAACAAGACCCUAAAUAAUUUAUCUCUUUCUACACAAACAUCACUUUUCUUACUAUAACUUAUUUUUUCUAUUAAGUCGAUGAACUACCACCCAUGUUAAUAUAAAGACUAUCAAUACGUUGAUAUAAAACAUGACAUGAUAAUGUACAUCCUGGAUGCUUGCUUCAAAAAAAUGCAGUUUCUAAAUUGUAAAAAUAAAUAUAUUAAAAAGCCACUCUUACUCUAUAUA